UGCAACUAAAACACAGGUGGGACUUUGGUCGGAAUAAUGAGAGAGACACGGAUCAGGAUCGAUGAGCAGAGAUUUCGUCACUUUCGUCCAACUCUAUAUAAAUACCUACUCCGCAGAGUACUUGGAUUCGAGGCUGAGAGAGACGGGUAGAGAGAGAUAGUCGAGAUCUGGGCUUUGCAGUCUCUUGCAUUCUCUCUCCUUGGGUUUGGGGUACAACAACCGAGAUAUAUCUCCGCACUAUCUCCUGUGUCAUAAAGAGAGGAAGAGGGGGAGAUUCUAGAGAGAGAAGGAGGCUAGUGAGAGAGAAUCUCGGUAGUGUGUAACUAUGGCGAGCGAUCCUAGCCAGAAGAUCGACUACGUGUUCAAGGUGGUUCUUAUUGGUGAUUCAGCCGUGGGCAAGUCUCAGAUCCUGGCCAGAUUUGCUCGGAACGAGUUCAGCCUCGAUUCAAAGGCCACCAUUGGCGUGGAGUUUCAAACGAGAACCUUAGUCAUUCAACACAAGACUGUGAAAGCUCAGAUCUGGGACACUGCUGGCCAGGAAAGAUACAGGGCAGUGACCAGUGCUUAUUACAGGGGAGCUGUUGGGGCGAUGUUGGUUUAUGACAUAACCAAGCGUCAAAGCUUCGAUCACGUCCCCCGAUGGCUUGAAGAGUUGCGGGGCCAUGCUGAUAAGAACAUAGUCAUAAUCCUUAUCGGAAACAAGAGCGAUCUCGAAGACCAAAGGGUUGUGCCUGCUGAAGAUGCCAGAGAAUUUGCUCAGAAAGAAGGCCUCUUCUUCCUUGAAACGUCGGCCUUAGAAUCAACAAAUGUGGAAACUGCUUUCUUGACAGUUUUGACUGAGAUUUUUAAUAUUGUAAACAAGAAACACCUUGUUGCAGAUCAGGACCAGAGCAAUGGGAAUGCACCUUUACCUUCAGGGAAGAAGAUUGUGAUCCCGGGACCUGCCCAAGAGAUACCGGUGAAAAGCAAUAUGUGCUGCAGAUCUUCGUGAUUUGUUUUCUGCUGUUUGUGGAUUGUCCAUUUUUCUGUGCUGGAUUCUGAGCUGAUGCGAGUGUUGGCAGUAAAGGUGGUUUAGAUGGUAUAUUUAAUGUAUAUCUUUGGUUUUAUUGGUUUUGUAGAUUGUGAAAGUCGGUCAGAUUGUUGCCCAUAUAUGUGAACUAUAAGAAAAUGUUACAUCUGAAAUUGCUUUCUUGCUUCU